AUGAAUGACGGGUCGAAAGGCGUCACAGCUGCACAUCAACAAGAAUUUCCCAAUGCUCGUCGACUCAUGUGUUAUGCUCACGUAAUCGGACGUUGUCGUGCCCAUCGUAAAGUUGUUCCACCAGACAAAUGGAAUGAUGUUGAACAGAACAUUUGGGACCUUCAGCUAUGUUCUGACGAUUAUGUAUUCAAUGUAGCAGCAACAUUAUUAUUACAAAAAUGGAAUAACAAUACUGAUUUUCAUCGAUUUGCUGCCUGUUUCAAAACCGAAUGGAUUGAUUCACUUUGUUUUUGGUACGAGGAUGCUGUUUUCAAUAAUCCUUCAAUGAACAACGGUUUGGAGUCGUUGAAUGGUGAAUUGUGUUACUUUCUUUUAAAAUAA